GCUGAGGAGAAGGACGGCCCGGUCGUGUGGCGGGUCAGAGCCGACCGAGCGCCCCUGCCGAUCACACCUGCCCUCUGCCAACCAGCCAGCCAGCCAUGAGGACCCAGACACUGCUGGUCGCCGCCGUCCUGCUGGCCGCCUGCCAGGUGAUAUCUGCUAUUGAAAAAUGCGGCCCUGAAGUGAACAACGGCAGUCACACCUGGAGCCAGGGCUCGGAGGCAGAGUGGGCCCAGCAGGGAGAGUUCAAUGACCUCAACAAGGGCAAACCCGAGUGGAUCACCAACCAAGUGGAGGUCUACUGUUUCGGCUGCAUGAUCGACAUCAGCCGGGCCGGCGUGGCCACCAUCCAGAACUCUAACUGCCGCUGCAUCCGGAAGCGCAAGCUGUUCCAGGCCGUCAACGCCUGGUACAAAUGAGAGACUGGGAGAACUGGUGAUAUAGCGUGAAUACAGCUCCAGUUUGUU